CAGUGAAGCUCCUCCCACACUGGAAUACAUCAUCAGUGAAGCUCCUCCCACUGCAAUUCUCCAAUAAAUGCUGUAAAUUCCCAUCAGCUACAAGUGAAGACGAGCAUCAGAGCAUCAGGAAGAGCUGAAAUCUGCCAAGACUGAGUUUAUUAAAGAGGACAGUGAGAACAUGAGUGAUCCAGAACCCUGCAGAAUGAAACACACUGAAGAUCCUGAAGGACAAAGAGACCCGAUGGAAGAGAGCGAGGAGAGAGAAGAACUGAGUGAAGUGAAGGAGGAGAGAGAAGAACUGAGUGAAGUGAAGGAGGAGAGAGAAGAACUGAGUGAAGUGAAGGAGGAACAUCAUGUCCAACCUGGAGGAAAACCUUUGAGUCGCUCAAAGACUAAACAGACAUUUUUAAAGAAAAGAAGAGCCAAGAAAUCUUUCACCUGCACUCAGUGUGGAAACAGUUUCACAACCAAACAACGUCUUGAGAUUCACAUGAGGAUCCACACCGGAGAGAAAGCGUUCACAUGUGAUCAGUGCGGGAAGAGUUUCACACAAAUAGCAAAGCGUAAUCAACACAUGAUGAUCCACACCGGAGAGAAGCCGUUCUCAUGUGAUCAGUGUGGAAAGAGUUUCAGUCAAUCAUCAUCCCUUAAUAUUCACAUGAGGAUCCACACCGGAGAGAAGCCUUUCUCAUGUGAUCAAUGCGGGAAAACAUUUCGUAGUGCAUCACACCUGAAGAAACACCUGACAGUUCAUACGAAGGAGAAGCCGCAUUCAUGUUCUGUGUGUGGAAAGAGUUUUUCACUGCUGGAAUCUUUACAUAGACAUGAGAAAAUACACACUGGUGUGAGAGAGUACAUGUGCUUUGAGUGUGAGAAGACUUUUACUUCAGCAAACUGUUUAAAACUGCACCAGAGGAUCCACACUGGAGAAAAACCUUACAAGUGUUCACACUGUGACAAGAGAUUCAGUGUGUCAUCAUCUCUGAAAACACAUGAGAGGAUCCACAACAGAGAGAAACUACACACGUGUGAUCAGUGCGGGACGAGUUUCUCUUUUAAAACUCACCUGAAGCGACACAUGAAGAUCCACACAGUGGAGAAACCACUUAAACACAGUCUGAGAUCACGGUAAGUAGUUUAUUUUCAUG